AAGAUUAUUCCAGAGCUGGGGGGCUUUGUAUGAGAAAGCUCUCCCCCCUGAUGUAACUUUAUUAAUUCUAGGUACCAGUAGUAAGCCAGCACCUUGUGAUCUAAGUAGGCGUAUUUCUGUAAGGGGGCAUUCUGGUUUUGCACUGGGGCCCUGCCGACCCUAGUGACGUCACUGGCGCUUGGAGUGUGAAAACAGAGGCAGCAGCUUUAAUUAAGUACCUGAGUUACUGAAGACUAAUCGGUCUACUGUGGGUGAACUAACAGGGCGCUCAUCGCGCUCUCCUGAGGCUCUCUCUCGGGCUGACCUAUCGACCUAUCGUGCGUGCCCACAGCAUAUAUAAGCAGGGACCCCCGGAUCCUCCUGCACGCGCAGCCGAGAGCCCUGAUCACGUCAUGUCUCUCAACUCCAGCACCGUCCCGCUGUCGGUCGACUUCUCGAGCCCGGGCGACUACUUCAUCUUCCUCUACCACAUCGUGUUCGCCACGUGCUCGACGCUGCUCGCGGGCUCCGUGGUUCUCGGCAUUCUGAGCACGAGGUCGCUGCGCGCGCAGAACCGCUUCAUCUUCAUGCUGAACACAAGCGCGAGUGACACGCUGACGGGCCUGUCCGUCUACUACCUGGGCCUGUUCGACGUGCAGGAGGGCUACCCGUCGCGCAACGGCACCUACUACAUCCUGCCCUCCUUCAUGGGCGUCAACGUCAUGACGUUCCUCUUCGCGCAGUUCGACCGUUACCUGGCCGUGUGCCACCCGUUCUUCUACACGCGCUUCAUCACGCGCGGCUUCGUCAUCGCGUGCUGCGCCUUCAGCUGGUUCUACACCUACCUGAUCCUCGCCGUCCAGAACCUGCUGCCCGUCGCGCAGGCCGUCAAGAUGAGCGCCUUCGGCAUCAUGACGCUGCAGGUCAUCGUGGUCUUCAAGGUGCUCAUGACCAUCAAGUUGUACUUCAUAGCCAAACACCAGCUGGCGCGCGAGCUGCCCAGCCCCGAGCGGGACAGCAAGAAGGAGUCGCUGCGCAUCAUCGUCUUCGUGGUCAUCUGCUUCCUCCUGCUGUGGGGGCCCUCCUUCGUCAACAUCAUGGUCAGGUACCUGAGCAGCGGCGGCCUGCGCUUCAGGAACGAGGCCACCAACGCCUUCGCCAUCAUGGCGCGCUUCAACGCGCUCAGCACGCCCGCGCUCUACAUCUGGGGCAGCCCGGCCCUGCGCAGCGCCGUGUGGGCCAGAGUGUGGAGGAGCGGCUGCCGGACAAGGACGACAGACAGGUCCGAGCACCGGACACAGCGCUUUCCCUGCACUCACGUUUCAGCUCAUGGAGAGCUGAGCUGAUUUAGAUGGGCACGGUUAAAAGGGCAAUUCCACCGAUUUAGAAAACUACAGAAUUCAGGGUUUGAGAUGUAAACAAAGUCAGAGUGGUUUGGUGUGAAAUGGUUAAUUUGUAGAGAAACUGACUCUGAUUUCUUUUCAGUGGUGGUGAUGGGAACCAUUGGUCACGAUGUCUAUGACACAAAUAGCCAAAACGGCCAGUGAACAUACAAGGGUCACCCGAGUUUAUGUUGAUGAUGGUAAAAUCGUGGUAAAUACAAGUUUGCUAUGUGGCCUAUUUGGCCUUACAACACAUGCACCUCUCCACCAUGAAACACUUCUUUACAGUGUGUUUUGGGCAAAAACCUUGUCUCAAAACUAUUUUGUAAAUCAGUAUUUCAGGCAACAGCCAGCGCAUUCGUGAUCUCUUCAGCUUACAGCUUUCUGUAAGGUAGUUUUUAUAGAGGCAUUAAACUCUUCAGAUGUCUGGAUCUUAUUAAUGUCAUUAUGAAGAGUUCUAACUCUGUACGUUUUCUCUGGAAUGGAGGAUUCCCAACUGCUCUGAAUGUCUGCAUCUUAAUGAUUGAAUUAUACAUGAUUUUUAAAAAGUUAAUGGAUUUUCCGUUUAAAUAGGGAGGAAAACUUCAAAACAGUGUUUCUCAGCUCCGAUCCCAUGAAACCUCUAGUUUUCAGCACUGAAAAAAGUGCUUUUGAUAUGCUUGUAUACUUUUAAUGUAGUGAACCCACCUUGUACAGAGAAAAAAACACAACUGUCACUUGUGAGUCUUCAUGGUUUUCAGAUGCUUCACACAUUACUUUUUCCACAUGUGGAUUUUUCAUGUUAUUUUUAUUUAUAAUUUUCUAAUUUGUUUACAUUUUCCAGUGUAAUUUCAUAAAGUUGUUUGAUCACAUUAUUCACAUUGUUAUAUAUGAUCACAAUCACAUUAUGCCACAUUCUUCCAGGUAAAUGUGUUUUUCAGACACAUGUGUAAUGCAUGUGAUGCUUUUGUAAGGUUAGUGUAUGAUGAAACUGAAAAAGUCAUACUCAAGUCAAAUAGUAUUUGAAGAUUAGCAUUUGAAAAUAUAUGAAAAUAUAAGUUUUCUGUGGGGAGUGUUUAGCCCAACACUCUGUAUGUACCUGUCUGCCAGUGAUAGCUUAAAAAGAUAUUAAGUGUAAAUUAAGUGAAAGACAGAACUGUGUUGAUGUAAUAGAUUUUUUUUUCAUAUGGAAAUGAAGUGCAUAUUAUUAGUAAGGGUCAUUUUUCAGGGCUCUAACACACCUGACUGAGCUGAAAGAAAGGAGUACUAAAUAACUAGAGAGAUGAUUCAUUUGUGUUUGAGCAUGAAAACCAUUAAAUGAUGCUAAUGCAGAGUGGGCUCACUGUGCUAAAGUAUACCCCAACUGAAGAUGUCGCUGCAUUAAAACACUUACUGUAGCCUCAUGAAAUGCUGGAUAUAAGCUGUUGAGUUUAGUGAGAUGUAUUAAAGCAGGAAAAACACUGAACUGUGCAUUGCAGAGGGACUCCAGGACCAGGCUGGGAAAACGCUGCACUGGAUUGUUCAUAUACUGCAGGGAUGCACAACUUCAGUCCUAUAAAUCAGGGGUCCGGCGUAGUCGGGUGAUUUACCUACUUAAAAACACAAAUCCGCACUUCUGUUAAUUCCCAGGUUUAGUGUAUUUGAGUAGGGAAACCUCCAAACUGUGCUGGACUCCUCCUGCCCUUCAGGUCCAGAGUUGUGCAUCCCUGCUAUACUGUGUUGGUUGCUCACACUUGCAUGCAUGCGGCUGCUGCUCAGUGUUUCCAAACUGAAAUCAUGGAGCAUUUGUUUAUAGCUGAUAAUCAAGUUCUUCAUCAGCCAAAACUCUGCAGUGUUGCCUAGUCAGAUUUCCGUGUUGUGGUAAAGCUGCUGUUUGAGUAGUAUUAUAUUGUGUGCU